GUGCAACACGAUUGAACGAACGAAUGGAUGGACACAACGACAUCAGUACAACACGUACACGACACACACUCACACAGACACACACCCCGACGGAGGUCCGUACUCUCACACGCACACACACUCGAUGAAAUGCAGUGCUUACACACAGACGGACACGUUCCAACCACCGUGGCAGGCAGGCAGGCAGACAGGCAGGCAGGCAGAGAGAUAGAGACCGGCAGGUAGGCAGAAGGUGGGUGACGGUGCCGCGUCUUACAGCGAUACGCGUCCAUCCGUGUCUGCGGCGGACCCCGCUGAUCAGAUGCAUCACGCCCACGCACCUCACCUCCACAGCUGAAGACAGAGGGAGGCGACGCGACCCUCACGUUUGGUGUGGUGUGGUGUGCUGAGCAUGCCACGACGCUGGCGAUCAUCGAUCAGUCAAGUCAGGAGAAAAAUGCCACGCCGUGCCUGGGCUGACCUGACCUGACCGAACUGGACUGGACUGAAGUGGACCCACACCACACACACGCAUAAUGAAUGACAUGAGAGGGGUGGACGGACGAGCAGGAGAAGAAAGAAAGAAGGAGCUGCAAAGUCUAUCCACAGAAGGGUCAACCAACGAGCCUGCCUGCCUGCCUGUGUGUAUAUAUCUAUCUCUGUCCCCAUCGCCUCGCCCAAGAGAUCUGUACAGGAGCCCCCCUCGCCCUCACCAAGGCAAACCCUCACUCGGUCUCAAACGAUGGAUGCAUGGAUGGAUCGAUGGACGCAAGCAAACACCACGGCAGAUAGAGAUAGAUAGAUACAAACAGACAAACAUCGCAAAGUCAUCCAGGCAGGCAGGCAGGCAGGCCACACACGCGACGCAACGACAGAGGAGGGGAGGGGAGAGUAGCGUAGGUGUAGGUAGAUAAGAAGAGCAGGGCACUGCACUGCAUGGUCAUUCAUUCAUAGGAAGUAGUCGGGAAUGCGCUUCUCGCUGAGGUCCGUGGAGGGGGUGCCGCGCUCGGGGGACGGGUCGAACUGCAGGCUGCACACACACACACACAGACACACACACAUAUGAGCGCCCAGAGAAACCAUGAGGGCCACCCACCCACUGUCUGUGUCGUGUGGUGCUGUCUGUCUGUCUGUCUAUCUGGCGCUUCGCUUGUGUGGCCCCCCGGCGUGUGCUGUGCUGUGGUCGCGCAGCUCACAAGAUGUAUUUCAUGUUUUCAUCGAUUUCCAUGAUGGCGGCCUGGUUGCCGCACCGGUAGCAGUAGUUGGGCGCAGAGAAGACCGUCACCACAUUCCGCUCCUGCGCCCACGCGAAACCCUACACACACAGAGAGAGAGAGAGAGAUUACAAAGUGCAGAGUGCAAUCCAUAUGGGCUGUGGUGGUGACGUUGGUCGGCGCAUGUGUGUGUGUGCUGUACUGUACCUCCAUGACGAGUUGGUGUGCUCUUGCGAUGAGUUUCAGGCCGUUGUUGUGGUUGAACUGCUCGCUGAUGUCCUGACCAAACGUGUAACCUGAACGCACACACGCACCAAUGCCGUGAGCCGUCGAUGCGCGUGUGUCUGUCUGCCUGCCUGUGCGUACCUGCCCCCCGUGGUGAGAUGCCCCAUCCGCAUCGGUCGUCGGGGUCGGACCACAGCAAAUCGCACAUCGGACCCUCGUGGGGCACCUCCUGGACCCUGUCAGUCAGUCAUUGUCAUUCAUGCAUGUCACAGGCACGGCUGGCUCUGUGCGGUGUGGGUGUCUGUCUGCGGCUGGGUGUACCUACCUGUCGAGCUGUCUGACGUGGUCGAGUGAGUCGAUGGACGGCGACAGGCCGGCGUGGGGGCAGAAGAUCUGGUUCUCUAUCAGCGCACUCAACGGCAAAAAGUCAAACAGCUCUGACACACACAGGAGGACAGGACAUGCAUUCACUGAGCAGAUGUAUGUUUGGUUGGGCGUCCGCACCUGUGAAGUACCUCCACACGUUGGCGGAGCCAUACUUGCGGAGGCACUCGUCGUAGAAGCCGUAAACCUGCGUGAUCUGACGGCUCUCGUGGUUCCCACGGAUGAUGCACACUGACCAGCCAACCAACCAACCGACCAACCACAAGCACACACACAGAAGUGCAUCCAUCGAAUGACUGGGCCAUGCGUGGUGGGUGCAUAAGCUCACCUACCUCUGUCUUUGUAUCUGACUUUGAGUGCCACGACGAGCGUGACGCUCUCGACAGAGUAGUAGCCGCGGUCCACAUAGUCGCCCAGAAACAGAAAAUUCGUCUCGGGCGAAUCUGCACACACCACACGCACACGUCAAACAUGACGACAGACACCACACGCGAAGCCGUCUCUCCUCUGUCUGGCAGGGCAGUGAGUGCAUUAAUGCUGUCUGUCGUGCAUACGUCCGGCGAUGCGAAAGAGCUCUUUGAGGUCAUAGAACUGGCCAUGGAUGUCUCCCACGACCGUAACGGGCACCCUGACGGGCUGGACAUUGUUCUCGUUCUUGAGAAUCUCCCUGGCCUUGUCGCACAAAAUCUUGACCUCGCCCUCGGGCAGCGGCGAGCACUCGAGCAGCUGGUCUAUCUGCUGGUCCAGCUUGUCUAUCUCCAGCUGAUUGAGGUACUUGACGGCCGUCUGCGGGCCAGAGCCCGACUGACCGCCGCUGCUCGACGUCGUCGCUGCCAUCGCCUCAACAACACUCUCACUCGCCUCGCAAAGCUCGCCUGAACUGCCCACCUGUGUGAAGGGUGGCGCCGAAGGCAGGCGCC